ACUUGUUUCUCUGAGGCAAAGUGCUCCGAUUUCAAACAAUCUGCUUGCAUGGCGGCGGGUCAAAACAAUCCCCAAUUCUGUUGUGGUCUGAUCAGAUAUUGAACCAAACCAGAUUAGUCGUGUUCAAUUGGUUUGAGUGGGUUCUAAAUCGCACAAAAAGCUGAGCUUAUUGAUUUUCUGACCGUUGAGCCAACAGCAUGACGAUCACCGUUUGGAAAGUGCUGCCCUCUGUCCAGUUGAUUUUUCAAUUAGGCUUUCUUCUUGAAAGUCAUGCCCAGGGGCCAAUCGGAUGCGCAAGGUCUUCAGAGCCGAAGCCUGAGUCUUCCAAUGCCGAGUAUGGAGUGAACCCAUCCGAUAUCACUUACGUGGAUCAGGGCUUCAAAGCCCUUCAAGAGGCUGAGGAUUGCCAGUCGUUGUUGAAAAAGCAUCUGACCAAGGAAAUUCUGGACGAGCUGAAAAUUCUGAAGACCAGGACGUUCGGAUCCACCUUGAAAGACGUGAUUCAGUCAGGGAUCGAAAAUAUUGAUUCAGGAGUGGGUGUCUACGCUCCCGAUCCCGAGGCCUACGGUGUUUUCGCCAACUUAUUUGAUCCCAUUAUUGAGGAUUACCACGGAGGGUUCUCCAAGAGCCAGAAGCACCCGCCUUCACAUUUUGGCAACCCUGAGGAUUUUGGCGACCUUGAUCCUGAUCGAGAAUUCAUCGUGUCCACGCGAAUCCGCUGUGGGCGUUCCAUCGAGGGUUUCCCAUUCAACCCAAACAUGAAAAAAGAGGACUACGAAAAUAUGGAGAAGCUAGUCUCCGAGACCUUGGAGAAAUUUGACGGGGAGCUUAAGGGCACCUAUCAUUCCUUGGAAUCCAUGUCACCGGAGACUCAGCGAGAACUCGUGGAUCAGCAUUACUUGUUCAAGCAAGGUGACCGAUUCCUGGAGGCAGCCAAUGCCAUUCGACAUUGGCCAUCGGGCCGUGGCAUAUUCUUCAAUGAUGAGCGAUCGUUCUUGGUUUGGUGCGGGGAGGAGGAUCAUUUGCGAAUCAUUUCAAUGCAAAAUGGUGGCCACGUGGGUGAGGUGUACGGGCGACUCGUUCGAGCUCUUGAGGAGAUGGAGAAAGAAUUCAAAUACUCUCACGACGAGCGAUUAGGAUUCCUUACCUUCUGUCCCACCAAUUUAGGCACGACAAUCCGAGCCUCUGUGCACAUCAAACUUCCCCGAUUGGCUGCCGAAGGUGGAAUUGAAAUGCUUCAGAAGCAUGGCGAUGAGCAUCAGCUCCAGGUUCGAGGUUCGUCUGGAGAACAUAGCGAGGCUGUUGGCGGCCUCUAUGACAUUUCAAAUCGCGAGCGAAUGGGUCUCACCGAAUACCAAGCCGUCAAGAAGAUGUACGAAGGUGUGAACGAAUUGAUCAAAAUGGAAAAGGCUUUAAUUGCCAAGGACGAAGGCGAUCUGGCUGAGGCUCUCGAAUAGACCGCCAAUACUACGUACAAGUACUACGUAGAGAAAGACAUAGACACACACACACACACCGAAAGAGAAAGAGAGAGCGAGAAAAAAAACCUCAUCCACUCUUGCCAAAGAAAAAGAAUUGACCCCAUACAAAGACAUUUUCUGAUUAUUUCCUAACUUUGGUCUGUGAUAUUCUCCAGUAAGUUUCUUUUGAAUUUCCUAACAAGCUCCUUCGAUUACUACUCGUGCUGCUACGGCAAAAAUUAGUAUCAUCAUUACAUCAACUGAUCAAUCACUUCAAAUAUACAUUCAUUCAUUCAUUCAUUCA